AUGGAGAACAUUGAAAGCUCAGUUGCUUCUUUGGAUUCCCCGUCAUCUUCUUGUUCUGUUAGUUCAAAUGACUCCAACUACUCCCUGUGUGCGGUGUCACCACCACCGGGCUGCUACUGGAAUGUAGAUAAUAGUUGUGUUUCGUUUUCAUUACCAAUAAACCGAGGGAAUGGAGGCCAUCCAUCAAGGUAUACAGUAACUGCUAGCUCAGAUGGCAGUAAAUUACCUGGUCUGAGCAAAGAUAAAGGGGAGGUUGCAGCAAUUCGUGUUAAAGCACGAUAUCAGUCAGUUGAAAUUUUACCUCUGCAUAUGUACGAUGAUUUGCUACGGUUUCGUUAUUUGCCACUUUGUUUGGCACUUGAGCCUAUAUUGGGAGUUAAAGCCAAAGAAGACUUUGCGACGGCGCUGGUACGAAUUAUGCAUGAACAGCGCAUAGCAAAAGAAUUCUUAUGCGACGUAAUCAUGUCUGAAGUUGAUUAUUCUUCAGCACUCAUGCAUGUUUGCAUUUCAGACAACGAGCAUUUGAUGUUUCGUGGUAAUUCUUUGGCGACAAAAGCAAUGGAAGCGUACAUGAAGUUGGUUGCUGAUGACUAUUUGCAGGAGACACUGGGCGAUUUUGUCAAAAGCGUGCUGGAAUCUGAUGAAAACUGCGAAGUAGACCCACUAAAGAUGACAAGUGUUAAUCCAGUAAUGUUGGAAAAAAAUAGGCGCAACCUAACGAUUAACGUUGAAACUGCGUGGGGGAAAAUUGUUAACAGUACCUGUUCAUUCCCUAUUGAAUUAAGAGAGAUCUUUGAUUCGCUACGGAGACGUUUGGAACAGGGAAAUAGACAUGAUUUGGCUGACACCUUAAUUUCUUCUAGUAUCUUUCUGCGAUUCUUAUGUCCAGCUAUUUUAAGUCCAAGCUUAUUUAAUCUGGUCUCUGAAUAUCCGUCAGGUCGUGCAGCACGAAGUUUAACAUUGAUUGCCAAAACCCUUCAAAGUCUUGCUAAUUUUACUAAAUUUGGUGGGAAGGAGCAUUAUAUGGAAUUCAUGAAUGAAUUUGUUGAACGGGAAUGGAACAAUAUGCACACAUAUCUGAUUCGCAUAUCUACACUGCCACAGCGUAUUGAUAAAUACAACUCAACCAAUAAUUCAGACGCAGCGGUCGAUCGGGGAAAAGAAAUCGCGCUACUCUUCUCUUAUUUAGAUGAAGUUUGGACUAAUGAGGCUGAAAGUCGAGCUGUUGCUAAUGACCAUCGCAUGGACGGCCUGCGAAAAAUACUGUCAAAAGUUUCGAUGCGGUACUGUAGUGAUUUGUCAGCGAAUGAUUUAAGAAACUCUGAAUCUCAUUCGAACUCUGAUUAUGACAACAGUGGUGUUCUAAAUGCUCCAUCAUAUGGAUUGAAAGGAUCGGGACAGUUAAAUCGUAGUACACCAGCUCCACAUUUGAAUACCAGUGAUGAUUAUGUCCGUGACGAGGCUCUCAAGGAUAGUAUUGCUGUUCGUCAAGCAGGUCUGAUUGUACAGCAACACCGACAUGGGCAGCAUAAAAACAAUCGGCAGCUUGUUGAUAGUUCUCCUCAUGAAAUUUAUGGACAAAGGAAUCCGAGUGUUGUACAUCAUUUUAAUACUGUUGAUGAUUCGCACGCUCAUAGCAUUUUUGCUAAUUAUCACAUUGUCGAUAGCAGUAGUGCUGCAACAACAUCCUCCAGUAUAUCUAGAACGUCAACAAAGUCGUACAGCACUUCAACAUCAAAUCAUCAUCCAGAUGACGACUCGGAUUCUGAUGAUUUCCUCAGUGGUCAAAUGCGGCAAACGCGGCCACCGAGAAAAAACAAAAAGCGUAUAAACAACGUCAAUGGAGCUGUGGAGAACGCUCCUCAUGGAAAGUCUGUUGCGCCUCCUCCCCCUUCAAGCGGCUAUCAGAGUCAGAAUCACAGCAGCAGCUCUUCCAAUAGCAGCAGUCCUGUAGAAAGAAGUUCUGUUACUGUUGCUGAUGCUGUUAAUCCGCAUACUCCACUUAAAAACUACACCAUUCACAAUAACCUUCCCUCGACGUCGUCACCUCUCUGUUAUCAAAGAGUACCAGAAGUUCGGUGCGCGACUGAAACUUCUCCAUCGUCUACAGUUUCUAGUGGUGACAAUACAUUCAAUUAUUAUCGAUCUCAUGUCUUUCCUAGUAAUUAUGACGCCAACAGUUAUCAUGAGUGCACUAAAACGUCUCAGCCAAGAACUAAUCCUCAUUAUGGCAGUCGAUCAAAUUGCGGGGCCGUGUCAAAUAUUGGUGUCGUGAAGCCAACUUUAAUUGACAUCAGUAACGACAACGAGACUGAAUUAGUCACUGCAAAGCCUGUACGGUCUGGUGUUGUAAUGGAGAGCAUUAAGGAAACAAAAAGUAAUGAAGACAUUUGGGGAGCUGCUGAACAACGGCGGUCAAGCGUCUUAUUUCAGGAAAUAAUUGAGCAACAAAAAUCGGAAAUUCAGCGUCUUCGUAAAGAGAAUGAAGAGUUGAAAAAACGCUUUGCGGCACAAAAUGCCACUCAAACUGUGCAAAAUUCAGUUGCUUCUAUGACUGUUGACUCGUUACCAGUUAGUUUUUAA